AAAUGGGAUACCAAAAAGCCAAUGAUUAGCCAUAUUUACAAGAAAACUCUUUUAUCAUAAUAAAGAAAGCAUCAUAUCUAGCAUUCUCAACAUUCUGAACAAGAAAACAUCUAGUCUAUCUGUUUCGAUGGCAAAAACAAGUCACAUAGCUAUUGUUUCAAGUCCUGGUUUCAGCCACUUGGUCCCUAUAAUUGAGUUCACCAAGAGACUUAUCAAGCUUCACCCAAAUUUUCAUGUGACAUGCAUCAUUCCUUCACUUGGGCCACCCCCAGAAUCCUCCAAAUCCUACCUUAAAACUCUUCCUUCAAACAUAGACUCCAUUUUUCUCCCUCCCAUCAACAAAGAACAAUUACCCCAAGGAGCAGACCCUGGACUCCUAAUUCAACUCACUGUUACUCUUUCUCUGCCCUCAAUACACAAGGUCCUGAAAUCCUUAUCCUCUAAGGCUCCUUUAACUGCGUUGGUGGUAGAUGUUUUUGCAUAUCAAACCUUGGAAUUUGCAAAGGAGUUCAACGCUUUGUCCUAUUUUUACUGCCCUGGUUCAGCUAUGACAUUGUCACUAAUUUUACACUUGCCAAAACUUGAUGAGGAAGUUUCAGGUGAGUACAAGGACCUUAAAGAACCCAUAAAGUUACCAGGUUGUGUACCACUCUUGGGGGUUGAUCUUCCAGCUCCAACCCAAAACCGAUCAAGUGGAACUUACAAGUCUUUUCUUAAACGUGCAAAAGCAUUUGCUAAACCUAUAGUUGAUGGGAUUAUUAUCAACACCUUUUUAGAAAUGGAAUCAGGUGCUAUAAGAGCAUUGCAAGAGUUGGGAAAUGGAAAGAUUAGAUUGUAUCCAGUGGGACCCAUUACACAAAAAGGGUCGAGCAAUGAGGCUGAUGAGUCUGAUAAGUGUUUAAGAUGGUUGGACAAGCAGCCACCUUGUUCAGUUUUGUAUGUUUCUUUUGGAAGUGGUGGUACACUCUCUCAAGACCAAACCAAUGAGCUAGCCUUGGGUUUGGAAUUGAGUUGUCAAAGGUUCUUGUGGGUUUUGAGAGCACCAAGUAAUUCGUCUAGUGCUGCUUACCUUGAGACUGCAAAUGAGGACCCUUUGCAUUUCUUACCAAGUGGGUUUUUGGAAAGGACGAAGGAUAAAGGUUUGGUUGUGCCUUCAUGGGCACCUCAGGUUCAAGUCCUUAGUCACAAUUCAGUUGGGGGUUUCCUAAGUCAUUGUGGUUGGAACUCAACUUUGGAAAGUGUGCAAGAAGGAGUGCCUCUAAUAACAUGGCCACUCUUUGCAGAGCAAAAGAUGAAUGCAGUGCUUUUAGUUGAUGGACUUAAAGUGGCAUUGAGGCCAAAAUUUAACGAUGAUGGCAUAGUUGAAAAGGAAGAAAUCGCAAAGGUGAUAAAGUGUCUGAUGGAAGAGGAAGAAGGUAAAGGAAUGCGUGAAAGAAUGAGCAAUUUAAAAGAUUCUGCUGCUAAUGCAUUGAAAGAUGGUUAUUCAACACAGACCUUGUUUCAGUUGGCUAACCAAUGGGAAAAUUUAACUGAGAUUUAGGAAAGUAGUUUUACUUAAGUUGUUUGACGUAAUUAGUUGUGUUUAGCGUAAUUUCCUUCGUUUGUUUUUCUCCAUCGGUGACCCAGUUACUGUGAUGUCUUUGAGACUCAUGACAUAGAAAAAUUGAUGUUGGAAAAGACUACAAAUAAAAUGGUAUUAUAGAAUGUCCAAGGAUAAUUUACUAUCCUUUGAAACUAAUUAUCUUUCACUAUGUUGAGAAUAUGAAAUAAUAUAUAUUAUUAGACUUUA